ACCGGCACAAGCAAGCGCUGCGUUAAGGGUAAUGAGCCGUAAACAGACACAGUAGAUCUGUCGAGCUGCAGUUCUGCAUUACAAUCCACAUACACAGAUCAUGGCAUCUCGGUGUUUUAGUCUCGCAACUGAGACCCCCGACUCUCCACGUGUUCAGUGCAGCUCUAACUCUGCAAGGCUGUGAAAAGUGUGACACCCUUGGUCAAAAAAGCCUCGCGUGAGGACUGCAGUUCGAUCGAGGCUGUAAGUGGAUGAGCGAGAAAGUGACGAAAGCGGAACACGGCGAAUAGGAGCGCAAGGAGAGACGAGACGUUCAGAGGAGCCGAGCAGCAGGAGGAGAAGACCAGAGGGAGCGAGAGGGAGAAAAAAGCCCUGUCCUCUGCCACAACAGAGCACUGCGGACUCGCAGCAAGACUCCCAUGGCUCUUGAGUAGCUCAGGCCGUUUGAAGGCAUGCAAAAAAGAAGACAUAACUCCUAAAUAUCAGGCGUGAUGGCAUCUUACCACGGCUUAGAGGAUGACGCCAUGGCUUUGAUGGCGCACGAUGGCGAGCCGGUGAAAGCCGAGAGCUUCACCAAAGACGAGCAGACGGCGCAGGAGGAGCAGGGGACAGGGGGCAAGACGGACCCGUCCCAGAAACCUCCGUACUCAUACGUGGCCCUCAUCGCCAUGGCCAUCCGCGAGAGCUCGGAGAAGCGGCUCACGCUGAGCGGCAUCUACCAGUACAUCAUCAACAAGUUUCCCUUCUACGAGAAGAACAAGAAGGGCUGGCAGAACAGCAUCCGCCACAACCUGAGCCUCAACGAGUGCUUUAUCAAGGUGCCGCGCGAGGGCGGAGGCGAGCGCAAGGGCAACUAUUGGACGCUGGACCCGGCCUGCGAGGACAUGUUCGAGAAAGGGAACUACCGGCGGCGGCGGCGGAUGAAGCGGCCUUUCAGGCCGCCCACGGCCGCUCACUUCCAGCCGGGCAAGGCUCUGUUCGGCGCCGACGGCUACGGCUACCUGCCCGCGCCCAAAUACAUCCAGACGGGCUUCAUGAACGGCACCUGGUCGCUCGGACAGCCGCAGCCUCCACCGCCGCCUCCUCCGCCGCCGCCGCACGUGACCUACGCGCCGUGCCAGAUGGGCAACGGCGGGGCCGGGGGAGCAGGAGGAGGCGGCGGAGGCGGAGGAGAUGGAGGUGGAGGAGGAGGCGCGAGCGUGAGCUCCCUGGCCGUCAAAGGCCUCACGGCUCCGGCCUACAGCCCGUACUCCCGCAUGCAGGCCGUAGGGCUGCCCAACGUCAUGAACUCGUACAACGGCAUGAGCCACCACCACCACCACCAUCCUCAUCACCACCCGCACCACCCUCAUCAUCCUCAGCACCAGCCCGCCGAGCUCUACUCGUACUGGGAGCACGAGGCCAAGCACUCGGCGUUGCACGCGCGGAUUGACAUUUGAGGGAGGGGAGGAGAGAGAAAGAUUGACCAAAGCGGAGCGGUGCUCAGUUACUCUUUAACGCCUCCGGGUCGAAUUCGCUUUCUUUUUUUGUCUUGGUUUUUUUUUUUUUUUUUUGAAGGGUCACUUCUACAUUUCGACAUGCACGACAAGUCAAAAAGGGCGCGAAGUUCAGGCAGGAGGACGUUUGUGCCGAGAGUCUGAACGCGCGGGUUUUGGAGUCUAUAUGGGCCAAAAAAGUGUUUGGACUUCUGUCGGUUCACCUUCAGCGAGCUGAGUGAUUGUUGUUCUUAUUAUUCUCAUGUCUUUUUUAUGAUUCCUGUGAACGUUAAAGUAGCUCCGUCUGUUUUUGCCCCAGUGUAGAUUAGCCGUUUAGCAUCCUGCCACCGAGGAUCUUUAGAUGGUUAAAUAUCUUUGUUAUAUAGAUAAAAACAGUGGUAAAUCACCAAACCUCUUUUCUUUGAUUUCUUUGCUGUUUUGAUACUCUAUUGAAAAUGUUGGGACCAUGUUAAACCAGCACUUAUUUUAAAUAAAAGACCUUGAUUAAAUAUCA